GCGUCUUUCAGUCGUCCAUCUUUGUGCGGGGGCGUCUCGCAGACUGAUGCUGUGCCGUGUGGAGCAACAAAACACUGCGAGCUUACGGUCUAAAAACAAAGACCUGCGCUGAUCUUACGUCGCUGCUUUCUGUUCCGAAAGCUCGACAUGUACUUUAACCGCGGUUACCCCGUCAUCGCCUGCUGCGUCCUGGUCGGGCUGGUUCUGGGUUCAGAAGAUGGCCCGGAUCGCCCGGUUAUCGGAGCUCCGGGAUCCCCGGUCCGUCUGUCGGAGUCAGACCCGGGGGUUAUGAAAGCAGUCAAAUUCGCAGAGGAACUAUAUAAUAUGGGCUCCAACGCGAUGCAUAUACGCCGUGUUAGCAAAAUCCUUUCGGCCAGCAAACAGCUGGUAAAAGGUGUUCGGUACAGUAUUAUGGUUGAGAUUGGAAGCACUCAGUGUAAGAAAUCCCUAAAGCUGAGCGGUGUGGACACCUGUGACUUUUUCCCAGAGCCUCACAAACAGAAGACGGAGGUUUGUUUGUUUGAGGUUUGGGACAUUCCCUGGGAAAAUAAAUCCACCCUACUUAAACAGAAAUGCCAGCCUGCGGUUUCCAAGGAGCUCAAAAAGGUUGCAGCCGUACCUCUAACCCAUGGCAAACCCAUGAAGGAAACUGUGGAGCUUUUGACCGAGUUUAAAAACUUUAUGAUCACAUACAAUCAAACAUACAGCUCCCAAGAAGAGGCAGAGAAGCGUCUUCGCAUUUUCCAGGAGAAUAUGAAAACGGCACAAACGCUGCAAUCUCUGGAACAGGGCUCAGCCGAGUACGGGGUCACCAAGUUCAGUGACCUCACAGAGGAUGAGUUCAGAAUGAUGUACCUGAACCCAAUGCUGAGUCAGUGGAGCCUGAAGGAGGAGAUGAAGCCAGCGACUCCGGCUAGUAAGGCUGCUCCUGACAGCUGGGACUGGAGGGACCACGGGGCGGUCAGUCCUGUGAAGAAUCAGGGCAUGUGUGGCUCCUGUUGGGCAUUUUCUGUGACUGGAAACAUUGAGGGACAGUGGUUCAAGAAAACCGGACAGCUUCUUUCCCUCUCUGAGCAGGAAUUAGUGGACUGUGAUAAACUGGACCAAGCAUGUGGAGGUGGACUGCCGUCUAACGCUUACGAAGCCAUUGAGAAGCUUGGAGGUCUUGAGACAGAAACGGACUACAACUACAUAGGACACAAGCAGAGCUGUGAUUUCUCUUCAGGGAAGGUGGCCGCCUACAUUAACAGCUCCGUUGAGCUGCCUGACAAUGAAAACGAGAUUGCUGCUUGGCUGGCUGAGAAGGGUCCGGUCUCUGCUGCCCUCAAUGCUUUCGCCAUGCAGUUCUACAGAAAGGGAGUGUCUCAUCCUCUAAAGAUCUUCUGCAACCCCUGGAUGAUUGAUCACGCUGUGCUGCUUGUGGGAUUCGGACAACGUAAUGGCAUUCCAUUCUGGGCCAUCAAGAACAGCUGGGGAGACGACUAUGGAGAGCAGGUAUGAACAAUGUGCAAGAAAAU